GUGUCCGGCAUCCAGCCAGCCAGUCUCCCAUCUCAUAUUAUGUCUGUAUUGACUUCGUAAAAUUAAUGUUAUGUAAUCGCUGUGCUUGUUAGUCUGAAAAGUCACAGAUUUUUCCUCUACUUAUAUUUCCUUAUGCCCAUAUUAAUAUGGCAGCAAUGCACGAAGAAAACAGCGAAGAAGACCUUCAGUUCAAGUGACUUCUGGUAUUAAAAGAAGAGAUAUGGUGGUGCUCAUCUGACUUCUGGUGUGAAGUGGAGGUCCUCCGAUGCAUCCAGAGGUAUGGAUAUGAUGGAUUCGUCCAGCUUUACCAUCACUGCAAGGGUGAAGCACAGAUGAUGAAGGAUGGGAAGCUGUUCAGAGUGAUCCAAGAAAACUGCUGGGAUGCAAAUGCACGCAUAAGAGACAUGGAUCAACAUGGAGUAACAGUCCAGGCCCUCUCUACAGUUCCUGUGAUGUUCAGUUACUGGGCCAAACCCCAUGACACUCUGGAUCUUAGUGUCCUCUUAAAUGACGAUUUGGCCCAGACAGUGCGUAGCCACCCCAAGAGGUUUGUGGGCCUGGGCACCUUGCCCAUGCAGGCCCCUGACUUAGCCGUGCUGGAGAUGACCCGCUGUGUGAAGGAGCUGGGCUUCCCUGGGGUGCAAAUAGGCUCACAUAUCAACAACUGGGACCUCAAUUCUGCUGAACUCUAUCCUUUCUAUGCUGCAGCUGAGGAGCUGGGCUGCUCCAUAUUUGUGCACCCCUGGGACAUGCAGACAGAUGGGAGGAUGGCUAAGUAUUGGCUGCCCUGGCUGGUGGGUAUGCCAUCGGAGACAACCAUGGCGAUUUGCUCAAUGAUAUUUGGAGGUGUCUUUGAGAGAUUUCCCAAACUGAAAGUCUGCUUUGCACAUGGAGGUGGAUCUUUUCCAUUUACCAUUGGUAGAAUUGAACAUGGCCACACAGUUCGCCCUGACCUUUGUGCUGUUGACAACAAGAUCUCUCCCAGAAAAUACCUUGGCUCUUUCUACACUGAUUCUCUUGUGCAUGAUCCUAUUGCCCUGAAGUUACUACUUGAUGUGAUCGGAAAAGAUAAAGUCAUGCUGGGAACAGAUUAUCCAUUUCCUCUGGGGGAGCUGCAACCUGGAUCACUAAUUGAGUCAAUGAAUGAAUUUGAUGGCUCAUUAAAGGAUAUGUUACUGGCUGGAAAUGCUCUGGAGUUUUUGGGCCUGGAAAGAAAGCAGUUUGAGUAACAAGAGAUUAUGUAAAACAUCUGCUACACUCAGUAAAGAUGAUAAAUGAUGUAAAGAUUCCUAAUUUGAUCACUUAAAAAGAUUUAACCUCUUUAUUUUCAUAUGAUGAUUUAUAAAAAACCCAUGCUCAGUUUUGCAUCAUUGUCUUUCUUUUACCUAAUAAAAUACUGACAAAGGGAAAUUCAAGCUGUUAUAGGAAAGAAUGGGCAUGUAAUGCUCUUGUGCACACUGAAAAUAAAUAUUUUACAUAGUAAUGGUUGUGUUCUUUCAGUUUUUCUCUGAGCUCAUGUGCCAGUAAAAAGUCUUCUCAUUCUAUGAGCUGUAAAUGUUAAAAUCUGAUACGGCUCCAGGGCUCUGUUGAGCAGCCAGUCACAUGAGAAGUCACAGUGUUCUAAUUUUAUUAUUUAAAGUCGCGAUAUUUAUACACACUUUACUCUUAUAUCCAUUGUUAAUGCAGUGUGGUAUUUUUCUGUAACUAUGUAAAGCAUUUGAUUCUUUUAAUCGUGAUAUUUUUAAUUGUAAAAUUGUUGCAACAUUGAUUUCAUGAUAAUGUCUUAAAAAGUGGCUGAGUAAUUAUGAUAAUAAACACCAGUAUGUCAACAUUGAUGAUACAAAAUCUGAGAGAGCUAUGAUACAGUGUGGGGGACCACAAGGUUCCAUUCUAGGACCAUUAUUGCUCCACAUCUACAUUAAUGAUACCACAUUGGUAUCCAAUUUGUCCAUUAUUGUUUGCAUAUGACACAGAUUUGCUUAUAUCUCAUACAAAUGUGUUUGCUGUCAUUAAGGAAGUUAACAACAGCUGUCUCACAUGACAAAAGAAAAGUACAAGCAUCCUGGUGUGUAGACCUUUUUUGCUUCCCUAUUAUUGUUCAGUUUGGAUCCAGGGCCCACUGAGGGAUGUGCAAGCGCUACCGUGGUUUAUCUGUAAAAAAGGGAGCAAUGACUCGCACAUUAACUUAUCAAAAACAGUCCUCAGUGUUAGAUGGCAGUCAGAACUGAGAGUCCGAGGCACUCUGAUGUAGUAAAAAUCCUUUAUUAAACAGGGAUAUGUGCGCGUGGUAAACCCUACUGUAUUUUGAUCUGUUAUUGGUGUGUAUUCCAUUUCCAUUUAGUUUAAGGCUUAUCCUCAUCAUAGCUCCUCUUCAGAUGUGUUCCUGACUUUUUUAACAGUUACUGUGUGCUAAACUGUAGUUCCUUUGUGACUUGUUGUCAUGUUUUUUUAGCCCAUAUUUGAUAC